GGGCCGGCCCCGCCGCCCGCCGGCCCCGCCCGGGCGCGGAGCGGGGCGGAGCAGCCGCGGUGGCCGCGGGCGGAGGCGGAGCCGCCGCAUCCCGGGCAUCCCCUCCGGGGGAGGCGGCUCGGCACCGCAUGUGCGACGUGAGGGACGUGCAGGAGCGCAGCGCCGGCAUCCCCCGGCCCGCCGGGACCCCCCGGUAUCCCCCGGCCCGCCGGGACCCCCUGCGCCCCCCCGGCAUCCCCCGGGCCCGACCUGCUGAGCGCGGAGUGAGGGGCGCAAGGGGCGCGCCAGCGGAGCCCCCACGGCUGUGCACUUAGGGUUCCUUUUAUUUUCUUUUCUUUUUUUCUUUUUUUCCCCCUGUUUUUAUUUUUUUUUAAUUUCAUUUGUCCCUAGUUAAUUUCUUUUUUAAAUUUUAUUUUUUUAUUCCACUUUACACCAUAUUUUUUAUUUUUCUCCUUAUUUUCGCCUCUAUUCCCUAAUUUUUAUUUUCGUAAUUAAUUUUGAAAUAAUUUUAUUUUUUUCUCUCUUUAUGUCUUUCACUCCUUUUUCAUUUUUAAAACAGCUUUUUUAACAGCUAUUUAUUGUCGAGUUUGAAUGUUCCCUUUAAAAAAAUAAAUUAAAUUUCCAUCAUUUUACAUCAUUUUACAUCAUUUCCCCUCGUUGAUUGAAAAGACGCGAGAAACGGAACAGGGCAUUUAUUUAACCAUGACUAUUUUAAUUUGGGGGUGAUCCCCCGGUGUGGGGUGGGGGCUCGGUGCCGCGUCCCCCCCGCGGAACAAAGCGCGUCCUUUGUCCGCGCUGCAGCGCGGGGGGCGGGCGGCAGGGGGCAGCAGGGGCCGCGCCGACAUCGCCCCUUCAUCCUCCUCCUCCUCCUGCCCAUCCUCCUCCUCCUCCUCCUCCUCCCCGGGCCCGCAGCGCCCGCCCCGCCCCGGGGCGGUCCCGGCCUGCCCGGAUACAAAAGCGCGGCCCGGCAGCUGCCGGCACAUCGUGAGCGGAGCCGGACGCAGCAGAACCGCGGAUUGCAGCACCGCUCCUUUCCCGGCUGCCUCGCGUGGAGAUUCUCCUGCCUUUCUUCUCUUGUUGUUAUAUAUAUAUUUUUUUUUUCCGAUUUAAAAGGGAAGAUUUUUUUUUUUAAUAUUUUUUUUUCACCCCGCUUUCCAUCGCGGUUCGCAGCAGGGCUCGCCCUCGCUCCCUCCAGCGCGCAGCGGCUGCGCUGGGGCCGUUCCUGCCCGGCUUUGUGCCCUGCAGACCCGGCCCUCCUCUUCCUCCGCCUCCCCCUCCUGCCGUAAAACCUUCACGAGGCUCGGAGCAGCAUCCGAAAAGCGCCGCAGCCGCUCGCCCAAACCACCGACUGCAACAAAACCCCAUCUGAUUUUUUUUAUUUUUUUAAAAUCUUAUAUUCCCCCUACCUCCUUCCCCCUCCCCCUUUUUUUUUAUUUCUCCUCCUCCCUCCCGCAAACGCAUCAAGGUGGACGCGGAGCGCAAAAAGACCUUUGUUUUAAAGAUGCCCAUGGAGCUGACGCAAAGCCGCAUCCAGAAGAUUUGGCUUCCCAAUGACAACCGCCCGGCGCUGCCCCGCCGCUCCUGUGGGCCUCAGCUUGCCAAUUCCCCCACUGUGAUAGUCAUGGUUGGCCUCCCGGCCCGUGGCAAGACCUACAUCUCCAAGAAGCUGACUCGCUACCUCAACUGGAUUGGUGUCCCCACAAAAGUUUUCAAUGUUGGGGAGUAUCGCCGCGAGGCCGUGAAGCAUUACAGCUCCUAUGACUUCUUCCGUCCUGACAACGAGGAGGCCAUGAAAGUCAGGAGGCAAUGUGCCAUGGCUGCCCUGAGGGAUGUGAAGCUGUACCUGACGGAGGAGGCCGGGCAGAUUGCGGUUUUUGAUGCCACCAAUACCACGCGGGAGAGGAGAGGGAUGAUCCUAAACUUUGCCAAAGAGAACGGAUUCAAGGUAUUCUUCAUCGAAUCUGUCUGCAAUGAUCCCAACGUAGUCGCCACCAACGUUAUGGAAGUCAAAUUGUCCAGCCCAGAUUACCGGGACUGUAAUUCCACCGAUGCCAUGGAGGAUUUCAUGAAGAGGAUCAAUUGUUACCAAGCCAGCUACCAGCCCCUCGACCCUGAUGACUAUGACAGGGAACUUUCUCUCAUCAAAGUCAUUGACGUUGGCCGGCGGUUCCUGGUCAACAGGGUUCAGGAUCACAUCCAGAGCAGGAUUGUUUAUUACCUGAUGAACAUCCACGUCCAGCCCCGCACCAUUUACCUCUGCCGCCACGGGGAGAGCGAGUUCAACCUCAAGGGGAGGAUUGGAGGGGACUCGGGCCUCUCCAACAGGGGCAAGAAGUUUGCAGUGGCACUAAACAAAUUUGUGGAAGAGCAGAACCUGAAGGACCUCAAAAUUUGGACCAGCCAGCUAAAGAGGACAAUCCAAACAGCAGAAGCUCUCCAGCUGCCCUAUGAGCAGUGGAAGGCACUCAAUGAAAUCGAUGCUGGUGUGUGUGAAGAAAUGACCUAUGAAGAAAUCAGGGAGCAACAUCCAGAGGAAUUUGCUCUGCGUGAUCAGGAUAAAUAUUACUACCGUUAUCCUUCUGGGGAGUCCUACCAAGACCUGGUGCAGCGCCUGGAGCCAGUCAUCAUGGAGCUGGAGAGGCAGGAGAACGUCCUUGUCAUCUGCCACCAGGCUGUCAUGCGCUGUCUCCUGGCCUAUUUCCUGGACAAGAGUGCAGAUGAAAUGCCCUACCUGAAAUGUCCCCUGCACACGGUGUUGAAGCUGACCCCGGUAGCCUAUGGCUGCCGAGUGGAAUCCAUCUCACUGAACAUUGAAGCAGUCAACACCCACAGAGACCGGCCAGAGGAAGCAAAGAAGGGACCUAACCCGCUCAUGAGACGUAAUAGCGUUACCCCUCUAGCAAGCCCAGAGCCCACCAAAAAACCUCGCAUCAACAGCUUUGAGGAGCAUGUGGCUGUUUCUUCUGCCCUGCCAGGCUGUGUUCCUCAGGAAGUGCCCACGCAGAUGCCGGGACAAAACAUGAACAGCUCCCAGAAGCCGUCGUGACUCCGUGGGCUCCGUGGUGAGGGGCCAGCUCCCCAUCCCAGCGCCAUCCCUGCCGCUUGCUCCCCGCCGGGCCGGCUCCGCAGAACGCAGGAGAGCUGAGGAGGAGGAGCCCUGCUCCCUCCCGGGGUCACCACCAGCUCUCCAGGCUGUUUGCUCUCCUCUCCGGCAUCCUCUUAGGUCGUAGCGAGCUGUAAAGUGCUUCUGUAGCGCACAGGAGUUUCAUUUUCCCUCUCUGUUUUGUUUUUUUUUCCCAGCGGUUUUGAUCUUCUGUAUAGAUGAUUGGUACCCAUCCAUCUCUGGGUGGGGUGUGUAUAUAUGUGGAUGGUGCGGGGUUAGCAGAGAAAUAGGGGGAAGGGGGGGUGGGUAAAGGGGUUUUGCAAUUUUUUUAUUAUUAUUAUUGUUAAUUACUUUUGAAUAAUCCCCUAACAUGCUGUGCUGCAGUCCCUCACCCACACUACAACUGGUCACACAAUGCCAGCCUGGCUCCUGCAGAUCUGUGAGCACCAGGAAAGCAGCUGUGUGAACUCCUCCAAAACUGCAAGAACUGCAGGGUUUAAUAAAAAAACCAACCCAUUCUUUCACUUUUUUUUUAAUCAACAUACCUUAAAGGAGUUUGCAGAGAAUGUAGAUCUGCUGCUCAGUUGGAAGCUGCCUGCAGUGCAUGAGGAACCAUGCCAGCAGGGGCUGGGGUGAUGCUUUGUGAGCACCCAGGUAUGGUCUGAAUUCAGGCAUGGGCUGAAUUUUGGGGAGGCUGAGCACUGUUUGAGGUGCUGUGCUGGUACUUCAUCUCCCCUCUCUUCUUUUUUUAGAUGAAAGUGGAGGUGUUGGGAAGGGUUUGCAUCCCUAGGCUUAGAUGCAUUUUGUAGACAUACAGGUCUCGUGGAGGUGGCCAGAGGUCUGGCUGGGUUGCAGGAAUCCCUGUCUGACUGCAAAAAGCCACAAGAAGGGACAGUUUUGUCUGUAUUUUUUUAAUUUUAUAUAUACAUGCACACGUGUGUGUGUAUACUUAGAAACUGCUUGGUUUUUGCACUUUAUUUGUGGCAGAAGCAUAACUACUUUCUUUUUUUUUCCCAAGUUGUACCCCUUAACAGGGGAAGCCUGAAUACAGGCAACUUUUUCUGUUUGUUUUUAAUUGUAUUUUGCAUGCUGGAAAGCUGGGACUACAAAAUAAUAGUAGUUACAGUGUUUGAAGUGGGGGGAGCAGGGUGAGCUCUUGACUGACUCCAUCAGCCAACUCCCAGCGCUUUGAUCCAUAAGAUCCUUUGUUGGCAGCCUGUCCUGGGCUGGCAGACAGCAGUUAAAAAUGGCAAUUAACCACUAUUGCUUUGUGCAAAAGUCUGUGGAUUUUAGAAUUUUAAAUUUUUUUUAGGGUUUUGGGUUGGGUUUGGGGUUUUUUCCCCCACCAUGGGCAUCUUCUCCAUGCCCAUCUUGUGGGGUUUUUUUUGUUUUCUUCUUUUUUUUUUUUGCUGGAGGCAGGAGGUGAAAGCAGCCACCCCUCCUGCAGCACUAGGCUGGGGAACGGAAGGUGGGACAACCCUUUGGAUUCACCCUUCCCGUGGCUUUCCCCAGUGUCCUGUGUAGGGAACACCAUCCCCAGAGAUGGGCGAGGAUUGUUUGGCGAGCGUGUGUUUGUUUUGGGGGUGGGUUUGGUCUGUUUUUCCUUUGGGAAAAGGCGAACCACAGUGCCUCACGCUUCGGCCUCGCGCUCGGAGCGGCACCGACGGCGGGAGGGCGCCGGGGCCACGCUCAGCCCGUGUCCCACGGGGGUGACAGUCCCGGCAGUGCCCUGCCUGUGUGAGCUUGUGCAUAUGCGUAUCAUAUUCCUGUACAGAUAAAACAAAGAGCACUCCCUCCCCCUGCUCUGUUUCUGUUUUAAUAGCCUCAUUAAAAGCGGACUUCUCGCUCCGUGCCCUGGCUGGCAUCUGCGCUUUCGGUUUCUCUGCCUUUCAGAUAAAUGAAUGUUUUGGGGAGGCCACUCACUUGGCUCUUUUCAGCUUCCUCCUUCGUGGGGAGUCUUAUCUCUCUCCUCCUCCUGCUGCAAAAAGAUAAGCCAGCCAAUACAAACAUGACGUCUGGCUGCCCCGAGAUCAAUCAUGUACGCGUGUAAUUGCGCGGAUGUUUUGGCGUGUGUUUGUGUUUGGGUGUAUAUAUAUAAAUAUAUAUAUAAAAAAACAAACAAAAAAAAAUCCCAAAAUGGCCCUAAACUUUCAUCUUUUGGUAUUGAUAGAUGUUUCAGUAGGUCUACAAAACCCUGAAAUUCAAACAUGAUGUUUUUCCAGUGUUGGGAAAACUGUUCUCUUGAGUUCCUCUUGUGCUGGAGGGGUUGGUGGCAUGGUGACAACCCUGUGCCACCACAUCUGCCCCAAAAAUCCUUGCUGUCCAUCUUCUUGGUUAACAGAGCCAAGGACUGGGCAAUUGAUGCCACAGCCAAGGCAGACUGAGAGAGAGGACAUGUCAAAACCACACCAAUGAUUUCAUACCCCAAAUUUUUUUUUUUCUCUCUCUGGUUUGUUUUCCUUUGUGAUACUUGAAUUUAUUUUUUUAAUUUUUUUUUUGAUAGCAAAGCGCUCUUUAUUUAUUUAAUGUAUACUGCAAAGCUGGGAGAGAAGGGUGUAGUUACUUGGGAUUACUUUUUUUUUUUUUUGAUUUGUGGUAUGUUAACUGUUCUGUAUAUAUGUCUGGAAUAAUUGCCUGAUACAAAGCUGUGCCAGCUUAAAAACAGGGUAUGCCUUUCAGAAAUUUGUAUAUUUUGCAGUUGCUGGACCAAUAAAAUAUCUUGUUGAAAUACA